AUGUCUGACCCAUUGCUCUACACAAUCGGCUGGAUAUGCGCCAUCGUCCCCGAGUUCGUCCCAGCCCGGCUGUUUCUCGACGAAGAACACAAAGAUCCAGUCUCCGUUUCGAAACACGACAGCAACUCGUACAAGCUGGGACGCAUCGGAAAGCACAACUUUGUGAUCGCCGUCCUUCCCCAUGGCGAAUACGGCCUGAACUCGGCGGCGACCGUCGCGCGGGACAUGCUGCACACAUUCAAGAAUGUCAAGAACGAUAUCAGGCUGGGCGACAUCGUCGUCAGCUCUCCGGGAGACGGACAUGGCGGCGUGUUUCAGUACGACGUUGGCAAGUCUCUCCAUAGUGGCAGGUUCCGUACCACGGGUUUCCUGAAUAAACCGCCAACUGCCCUCAUGACCGCCCUCAACAGUCUGAUCAGCGACAUCGAAAUCAAAGGCAACUGGCUCGGAGACGUUAUCAAGAAAGCUCUAAGAAGCAAGACUCUGAGACAGAAGUACGGCCGACCAGAUCCCGAAUCGGACAAGCUGUUUCGCAGUGAGAUCGCAUAUGAUGCGGACAAGACGCUAACCGACCACGACCCGGAAGAUUUCGUGAAGCGGCCGAAACGCGAUGAGGGAGAGGAUCAGGUCAUACACUACGGACUGAUCGCGUCUGCGAACCAGGUGAUGAAGAACCCUUGCAAGAGAGACGCCCUAGCCGCGGAGAAGAACGUGCUCUGUUUCGAGAUGGAAGCCGCUGGGUUGGUGAACCAUUUCCCCUGCUUGGUCAUCAGGGGGAUUUGCGACUACUCGCAUUCUCACCAGAACAAGCAGUGGCAAGGCUACGCCGCCAUGGCGGCGGCAGCGUAUGCGAAAGCGCUGGUGUGUCGGCUUCAGCAGAGCAGGCUUGAACAUGAGAGAAGGAUUCUCGAGAUUCCUCAGGUCGUCUCUUUAUUGGAAAAUGUCAAGCAAGGCGUCUCUGAGAUCAAGACUCGGGUCGACCAUGCCAUCCUCGGCGAGUUAUCCGUCGCCGCCGGCGCCGAAUACGAUACGCAUCACAACGAACACGACCCGACCUGCCACCCGAAAACAAGAAUCGACAUCAUACACGAGAUUGAGCGCUGGGCCAGCGACGCCGCUGGUCCACGAAUGUAUUGGCUGAGCGGGAUGGCCGGUACCGGAAAGUCAACCAUUGCUCGAACGGUGGCCAGGAAGUUUGACGACAUGCACAUGCUCGCGGCAUCUUUCUUCUUCAAACGAGGUGAGAUCGAUCGCAGCAGAGCGUCGUUGCUCUUCAGCACAAUCGCCAGACAGCUCGUCAGUCACCGACAGGAGCUGUUACCUUUUGUGCUGGAAGCGAUCAGAAAAACAGACAAUAUUUCGUCCAAGAGCACCAGAGAGCAGUUCAGCAAGCUCAUUCUCGAUCCGCUUCACAAGGCCCGCACUGGGCAGCGUGGAAAGCCAAAGAUGCUGCUGGUCCUAGACGCCCUCAACGAGUGCUCGGCUGAGAAGGACAUCGAAACGGUUGUGCCUCUUCUCGCAACACUCGUCAAGUGCGAGGGCUACGACAUCAAAGUGUUCGUCAAAAGUAGACCAGAACUUGCUAUCCACUACGCUUUUGACCGAACCAAAGGUUUGCAUGAGGAGAUCCAGCUGCACAGGGUAUCGCAGGAUACUAUAUCGCAUGACACAGGGGUUUUUCUUCGCGACGAGUUGGCACAAAUCAAGAAAGCGUGGAACACGAGAUACCCCGAGUGCUCUUCCCGGCACCUGAGUGUCGGCUGGCCUGGAAACGAUAACCUUGAAGUUCUGGUCCAGAUGACAAACCCCUUGUUUAUUUUUGCCGCGACCGCGUGUCGUUUCAUCCGAGACCAUCGCUACGGAGAUCCAGACCAACAGCUCUCAACUCUGCUCCGAGCUUCGAAAGAGAGUGGUGUGAACGACAAACUCGGUCCGACAUACCUCCCGGCCUUACGGCAGUUCAGAGACGGUCGAACGGGCCUCGAGAAGGAACAGAUGCUGCUACGGUUUCGACAGAUCGUUGGCACAAUUAUCCUGCUCGAGGAGUCUCUAUCCAUCGUAUCGAUAGCAGGCUUACUAGGCGUUGAAGAGAGAGAGGUUGAGCGCGUUUUGGGUCUUCUCAGUUCAGUGAUCGACGUUCCUCGGAGCCCAGACUCGCCAGUCUCACUCUUUCACUUGUCGUUCCGCGAGUUCCUCCUCGGAUCGGGGGCAGAGGACUUUGCCAUUGAGUGUACUGCGGCACAUCGGCAAAUUACGCUCGGGUGCCUAGACCUGCUUUCUAAGAGGCAGCCAUUGCGGUAA